CACAACAUCAUCACUCAGUCCGGUUUAUAUCAUAGCAGCCAGCCAUCCACGUGUGCAGGAAUCAACAUCAGCCGCUCCAGGUCUCAAAAUGGACUCCAUCUCACUGAUGGGAAGCAGUUCUGCCGGUUCCUUCCUGCCUAACGGAUUGAAGAAUGGGCCCAAAGAAGGCAUCAGCAAACAUGCAGUGGCCAUCAUUGGCUCCGGGGAUUUUUCCAAGUGCUUGGCCAUCCGUCUGCUCCGUAGCGGCUUCCAUGUAGUGGUGGGCAGUCGGCAUCCCAAGCGGGCGGCCGAGUUCUUCCCCCACGUGGUGGACGUGACGCAUCACGAGGAUGCGGUGGGCAAGGCCUCCAUGAUUUUCCUGGCUAUCCGGAGGGAGCACUACUCCUGCCUGUGGGACAUUAAGCACCUGCUGGCAGGCAAGAUCUUGGUGGACGUGAGCAACAACAGGAGAAUGAACCAGUUUCCAGAAUCGAACGCGGAGUACCUCGCCUCUCUUUUUACAGACUCCACUGUGGUGAAAGGAUUCAAUGUAAUCUCAGCCUGGGCGAUGCAGUCAGGACCGAUGGAUGCCAGUCGACAGGUAUACAUCUGCAGUAACUCAGUGGAGGCGAGGGUGGAGGUCAUCGAACUGGCACGGCAGCUUGGUUUCAUUCCAGUGGAUAUGGGCAGCCUCUCGUUAGCCAAGGAAAUAGAGAACAUGCCGUUACGCUUAUUCACCGAUUGGAAAGGUCCCGUUCUGACCGCCGUUGCCCUCUCUAUCUUUUUCUUUGCCUACUCUUUCGUUCGGGACAUCAUUCAUCCAUACGUGAAGAACAGGCAGAGCUUGUUUUAUAAGAUCCCGAUAGAGAUGGUGAACAGGACGCUGCCGAUGGUCGCGAUAACCCUUCUGGCUCUGGUUUAUCUAGCAGGGCAGCUCGCUGCAGCACACCAGAUCUAUUACGGGACAAAAUUUAGACAUUUUCCACACUGGCUGCAGGGCUGGCUGCAGAGUCGCAAACAGCUGGGUCUACUCAGCUUCUUCUUCGGCUGCAUCCAUGUCCUCUACAGCCUCUGUCUGCCCAUGAGGAGGUCUGAGAGAUAUCUGCUGCUCAACAUGGCCUACCAACAGGUCCAUGCUGAUAUAGAAAACUCCUGGAAUGAAGAGGAGGUAUGGAGAGUGGAGAUGUACGUGUCCUUCGGCAUUAUGAGUUUGGGUCUUCUCUCCCUGCUGGCUGUCACCUCUAUUCCUUCAGUGAGCAGCACCCUCAACUGGAGAGAAUUCAGCUUCAUCCAGUCCACUCUUGGAUAUGUCGCCCUGCUUAUCGCCACACUCCACGCCCUGCUGUUCGGCUGGAAGCGAGGCUUUGAGCUGGAGUCCUACCAUUUUUACAUGCCACCCAGCUACGUGGUGGCUGUGGCGCUGCCCGUCACCGUGAUCAUGGGAAAAGCCAUCCUAAUGCUGCCCUGCAUGGCCUGGAAGCUGAAGAAAAUCCGCAGAGGCUGCGAAAACAGCCAGCAUCACGGUGAUCAUGAGAGACAUGCGGCUCAUGUUUCUCCAGAGAGAGUCACCAUCAUGUAG